GCAUGCACAGGAGUAAUGGCCCCACGCAGGAUGCCCAUAGCCAGAGCUUCCUUACAGGCAGCUAUAGAGCAUAUCUCUUCCACCCCGGGAUCCUUCUCCUUAGUCGACGCCGAUGACGGCUGGCCCUUUCCCCGCGACUCUCGGUCGGGCAUACACCUUGCUAUACUCGACUCUUCAUUCAAUCCGCCUACAUUCGCCCACCAAGCCAUCAUAUCAUCUUCUUAUCCAGUGCAGGCUAAUCCUUAUACCGCACGCCUGCUUCUUUACACCCCCAAGAAUGCUGCCAAAACACCCACUGCCAGCGAUGCUACUCCCCUCCAACGUCUUGAGAUGAUGUCUCUUCUCUCUUCCUCACUCCGCUCUCUUCAAGCUUCCCAAACCCAACAAGAAAGUAUCGCAACAGCCCUUAUACACGCACCGACGUUUGUCGCCAAAGCGUCGAUAUUGCGCUCAUAUCUCGUCAACGAGCUCAACCUCGGACAGAGAGGCGAGGAGGCUGAGCUGAGCUUUUUGGUAGGGAUGGAUACUUUGCUACGGAUAUUCGAUCCAAAGUACUAUCCUAAAGGAGAGAUGCGCACCAAAUUGGAAGGGUUUUUCCUCCCUCCUCCAAGAGGCGCAGGUGCAAAUCUUGUCUCUGCGCGACGUGGGACGACUCUUGCGGACAGAGAGUUUGAAGAGAAUCUUCUAAAGAGGGACGACGUGAAACCAUGGGUGGAGAAUGGGAAAGUAAGGGUGCUCGGUGAUGGUCGUGACGGCUGGGAAAAUGUCAGCAGUACGCUCGUCCGAGAGUGUGUAAGAAAAAGUGAUUGGGAAAGUGUCAACAAGCUGUUAGGGGAAGGAAUGAGCAUGUAUAUUCAGAAAGAAGGAUUGUACUUUGCUUCCAAUUAAUCAAUACUAUGCUAGAUGCCAUCCAUGCUAUGUGAAAUC